AUGUUUUAACUUGUAUUCUAAAUAAUUGAGUUUUUGCUGUCUGUUGGAUUGUGUCUAUUUAUAAAAGUGGGAAGAGAAGAAACUAAAAUGAGUGGGAGAGUUCUUAAAUUUGCAUAUCGAGUGGAAAAGAACCUAUUAUAUAAUUAUGAAUUUGGAAAAUAUACAAAAGUUUUCAGGUUUUGCUUGAUUCCAUUUUUGUUAUCAACUUUAUUUCGCAAAGUGACAAAGCUCAAAUCCUCUUUUAAUUUUUAUCAGAUUAUGUUAUUUGUGGUUGAUCUGUUAUCAUUGACUGAUUGCAUAAACACCACCGAAUCUUAUUAAAGAUAUUGUCUCGUUUAUGCUAUUAGAAUAAUUAGAACUUCCAUCAUGUUAAUUGAUUUAGUUAGAGAUGUUGCAAAAUUGGUUAUGGGACAUUUUGACUAAAGAUUAUAGUCCAAGUAAAUUGAAAUAUAGCAACAACUUCAAUAAAAUCAAUAGGAAUAAGCAAAGUAAUAAGAGAGUUUGAGUGAUGAAUCAGAUCAAGAUGAAUAAUAAAAAUUAAUCAAUACAAAAAAAUAGCAACAAUAAUAAACUAUGAUAAAACGACUAAUAUUUCCGUAAAUGAAAAUUCCUUGCAUUGCAUUAAACUUAAUUAUCAAUCAACAACAAUAUUAUAUCUAAAUAAUUGACCCUUGGAGUUUUGAUAAUUCAUUCUCAACAAUCUCAAUCAGAGAACAAUUAUUGAUAAUGAUCAAACUCAAUUUUUGUUGUUAAGUGUAUUAGACCUUAAAGAAAACCAAAUGUAAUUAAUAAGCACUCUAUCAAUACAGAAAAUUAAUAGCUGAAUAUCUAUCUUAAAUUAUUUGGAUGAAUUGA